AUGCGGCCCCUGUGCACGGCGGGGGAUGUGUCGGUACCUGCUGGUGGCCUGGCUUUUAUUGCUAUUGUCAUGGUUAUUGCCAGAGCCCGCUGGGCCGAGGGGCCGGGGGUUUAUCUGCAUGCAGAGCCAGGCUCUGCCCCGCUGGCUGAACCCCGGGACCCCGCUGCCUUCAGAGCCUUCCGGCUCUCGGGGCUCAUUAGCCGGCACAGCUCCGAGAGGAACCAGGGCCAAACGCUUGGCAAGGAGGUUGGGAAGGCAGGGCAGGAUCGUCCCUGGGAGAUGCAGGCAGGGAUCUCCCCUCCUGGUCUGCUCCCAGGCAGCUGCUCGCAGGGUGGGCUGUGGGAGAGGAUGGGAGCCCUGCUGGUCCCCUCUGCCCUGCACACCAAGGGGCUGACCCUGCCGUGGUGUGGGCUCACGGGCAUCACAGUGGUGGAGAAAAGCCAGGGAGGGCUGGCUGUGGAGGAAACCACUCAGCCCGGGGCACCCCGGGAGGGAGGUGCAGGGCUCUGCAGGUCUGGGUGCUCACGCCGACCCCCCCGGGUGUGUCUGGCAGGGCACCUGGCUGGGCUCCUGGCAUCAGGCACCACCUGCACCAACAUCUACCAAGGCUUCUCAGGCUGCGUGCUCAAGCUGGGGGAGAACAUGGCCACGUACGAGGAGGGGGAGGGCACGGAGCCGCAGGAGUUGCACCGGGUCUGUGGGUACUGGGAUGAGUUCCACACGUGUGCCCUGGCAGUGCUCUGGGAGUGCCAGAAAGAAGCAGUGGCCAUCUGGGAGUUGCUGAGACUGGAAUCAAGAAAGAUCAAAUUUCCAGGCAGCUUGUUCGACCUCUGCAGCCCCAGCACGGCCCAAAGCUUUGCCUGGACCCACCUUCCCAACAUUUCCACCCUUGGUAUCCCCCUUGUCAUCACUUGGCUGAAUUUAUAA